GAUCUUCAGUUGAACGUUUGUUGUUGGAGAGUGAAUAUGUGCGAGUGAUUACCAUCGGAAAGUAGGUCUCUAGACCUUAAUGAAUAUAGACAAGGGUCUUAAAGGUUUCAUUUUGGAUAUAUUGGUCUCAUAUUGAGCGACAGUUUAAAGGCAGCCAAAUCUUUGUGCAAUAUUUUUUACUCGGAUAGAUCGACUACAAAGCAUCAAUGCCUGGAAUAAUGAUUGACGUGGAUUCUCAGUAUUGUCCCUCCCCAAGACGACCCAACAGCCUGGAGUUGACCAGCUGCUUGACCCUGGAAAUGGACAACGACCUGGAGAAUAACAACAAUUCCAUCAACGACAACAACAACACCAGUCCAUUUAACAGGAAUCACAGGAAUAAGAAGAAAAGGAGGAGGGCAGCUGACAUACCAGAAAAGCAAUUUAAUGACCUUUACAGACCAACUGGGGAAAUGCUUGGGAAUGGAUCUUAUGCAUCUGUACAAACUUACAAAAAUAUCCACUCAAACAAGGAGUAUGCAGUAAAGAUCAUAGAAAAAAAUAAUGGAAGAUCAAGAAGCAAAGUUUUUAAAGAAAUUGAGAUAUUCCAUUUGUGCCAAGGACACGAUAACAUCUUGCAGCUGUAUGAAUAUUUUGAAGAGGCUGAGCGGUUCUACCUUGUCUUUGAUAAGAUGCAAGGAGGUACCUUACUCGCCAACAUCGAACGAAGAGGUCACUUGACCGAGAGCGAAGCAAGUUUGGUUGUUCGUGACAUUGCAAGAGCUUUAGAUUUUCUUCAUCGAAAAGGAAUUGCUCACCGGGAUUUAAAACCUGAAAACAUUUUAUGUGAGAAAACUGAUGAGGUGGUACCUAUUCGUAUCUGUGACUUUGACCUUGCCAGUGGAGUUCCAGUCAGUCAGAAUGACAACUGCACCACCCCUGAACUACUCACCCCUGUUGGUUCAGCCGAGUACAUGGCACCCGAAGUUGUUGAUGCCUGGGUGGGGGAGUCCUUUAAAUAUGACAAAAAAUGUGAUCUGUGGAGUCUUGGAACUAUAUUGUACAUCAUGCUGUGUGGGUGCCCCCCGUUUUAUGGUCAGUGUGGGGAGGACUGUGGCUGGGAGAGGGGGGAGACUUGCCAGGACUGUCAGGACAGUCUCUUCACCAGGAUCCAGGAUGGCAUCUUCGAGUUUCCCGAAAACGAGUGGAGCGACAUCUCCGAGGAAGCUAAGGAUUUGAUCCGUAAGCUGCUAGUGAGGGAACCCAGGAAGAGGCUGACCGCUGUGGAGGUCCUGCACCACCCCUGGGUCCAGUCCCCUCCUGCGGCCACCCCCUUGGCCACCCCCAGAGUGCUUACCAGAAACAACAGCACCAAAGACCUGGAGUGCUUCGCCAGCGAGGCGAUAUCUAUCAACCGCAUGAUGCAGCAACACUUGUUAAUAUCAGAACCGGCCUCGUUUUUCAUCGGCAACAGAGACGGGGAUUUGCUGGAGGAAUCGGAUGAGACAGACUCUGGGGACGACCUCUUUGUACCCUCCAUCAAACUUUCCCCUCCCUGUUCGGGACUUGCCAAACGACGCACAUGUACUACAAUGCAUAAUCUGAACACUUCAGGCGAGCAGAGCGACAGUGUUGACUCUUUCCCCAGCUCACAUUCCUCAACCUAUGGCUUGAGUGUGUAGUCAUUUUUUUUUUCAUCAUUUCCAUUCUAAGACAUUCUGUCAUAGAAACACUUAUUCAGGGAUCUUGUGUUAUUAUCAAAGUAUAUUUAGCUAUGUUAAAAUCAAUUGAAUAGCAGAAAAAGAAAAGAUAUCCAAUGUCUUUCAAGUCUUUAUAGAAAAAAAAUAAUUUGAGACAUAUUGUCUUCACUGUGAGAGAGAAGAAUUGAUUAGAGAUAGAUGGAAGAUUGAAAACAACUGAAGAGUGCUCUUAAAAGAAAAAUUAAGCAAUCAAAGAAAUCAAUGUGUGAAAGUUUGUGUGUGUAUGAUUUUAUGAUUUAUGAAUGCAGAGAGUUGUAUGGAAGUGAAAAGAGUACUUAAUGGUUGUGAAAAUGAGAUUAGUAUUUUUUCAAGUACAUUUCUGUUCUGAAAUGUUUGUUAUAUUUUUUAGUGUCCAUGUGUUCGAUUUUAUCUGUUUAUUUUUCCAUGUUUCCAUUUUGUAUUUUUACAGUUAUUGCGUAGAAAUGAUUUUAAAUUGAAGCAGUCUUACUUCUAGGACUUAGCAGUUUGUAAAUUUCGAAAUUAUCUCCCACACUCUUGUUUAAGAGGAUUUUUUUUGUACAUAAAACCGGUAAUAAUUUUCCAACUUUCUAAAUAUGAACAAAACCAUGUUUUUGAUAUUACAAAACUUUCAAAAAAAGUCAGAAGUGUUUAAAUUUUAAAUAUAUGUCAUAUUGGUGCCAUUAUAACUUGUGCAUAGAGAAUUGUUCAUGUUAGAAGAAAAGACACAAUGUAUGUCUGAAGAGCUAAGGCCUGGAAAAAGUUGAAAUCCGUCAUUGUUAUACAAUAUUAUACCUCUUGUCUUUGUCAAUGUCCAUGUGCUAAAAAUAGUCAAAAAAAAAAAGAGAAGAAUUCCUGAAUGGCAACAGGAUAUUCAUGUGAUAUUUAACUCUCGUGAUUGUGAUGUUAAGAGAAAGCUGCCUUGUAUUUGAGCUUGUUGUUGCCAGUUCUUGUUUGAAGAAAAAAAAAUAUUGUUUAAAAAAUGUGCAUUUUAUAUGCGAGAUUGUUAUUCAUGUUUUAGUUACAAUUUUUUCUCAAACCUGAACAUUUUGUUUUAUAUAGAAAAUUUCAACAGAUAUUAGUAUCAUUUUUCAUGUAAAAAAAAAAAAAAAGGUACUUGAUUUUACAAAAUGUCCUUUAAAAUGGAUCCCUUGUAAUGUAGUAGGGUGGGUGGGGGUGAAAGGAAGAAUUUUAAAAUAGAUAGAAGGACUGUUACCAUCAGGCUAAGUGUCAAAGUCAGGGUGUGGUAAUUAAGUACACCUCUGAAAACGAACAGACUGGCAUGCUAAGAUCUGGAAUUUUUAUGUAUAUGUUGGCCAUGUUCAUGGAGGUCCUUGCAAGCCUUGGAUCUCAAAGUAUGGUUAUUGUUAGAAGGUUUGCAUGGAAUCCCUGGGCAUGGUAUCUUGUAAUUUUUUUUUCUCUUUUGGAUGCUGAACGGGUUUUAUAUUUUGUAUGGUGUAUAAAGAAAGUGCUGCUGUGCUUGAAUCCAAGCCAGCGAUGACAAAACACAUUGUGCCACUUGAUUUAAAAACAAAUCUGUAUUGAAUCAGCUUUGUGCUAUAUUUUUGUGAUUUAAAAAAAAAGAUUAUUUCUCUUAAAAUUUCCUGAGGAAAUUUAUUGAUAACUUUUGCAAUGCUCAAUAUAACCAUGUGUUCUGAUUUGCAUUCCAUAUGUGAUCGAUGAUGUUCAUUAAUUAUUGGAAUAAGCCAAAUCAAAGUUCUUUGUAUUUUUAACACAGAAAUUAAAAUUAACCAUAUUUAGACUAAGAAAUUGAAAUUCAGCAUUUUAAUUUGUUUAAGUGCAAUUUUAUUGUUGAAAUUUAGGAAAUAAAAAAAUGAAGGUAUUUCAAUUAUUUAUGUUCAUAAUUAUGGCGAAGAGUUAAGUAAAUGAUACUGCUUGCUAUGUUUCGAAUUUUAGCGAAGCCAAUGUUUUCAACACUGUGUUUAUGGACCAGAAUUGUUGAUAUACUGAAGCUUGUCAAAAUGACUUGUAAAACUCAGUCAUGAUGCAUUUCAAAAAUAAAGAAAAUAAAAUUUUA